AUGAGCACCAUUCAGAAUCUCAAGAACUUUAUACGUCAUGGGAAGCAAGCCCGCGUUGCCGACCCUCCCCGCGAUCAUCCCACUACGAAUGUCUCUCCCAUUCACGCCCAGCAACAGAAGUAUCAUCACGGCGUGAGCGACCCUAUAGGCAACCAUCACAGACAACCACAACAUCAUGUUCAACCUCAACCAGGUGAAUAUUCCGUCGCCGCCGGUGACAAUCGAAAUGUCGCCGCUCAGGCCGGAGCUGCCGCAGCUCACGCUGCGGGCAAGAACCAGAAGAUCCAAGCAGACAUCGAAGCUAUUGUUGCCGAGGAGAGGGAAAAGGCCAGCAAGAUGCCGCGAUACCCUGGUCUCGAGCGCUUCAUCCUCGUAGAAAAGAUGGGCGACGGCGCUUUCAGCAACGUCUACAAGGCCAGAGACACCCAGACCGGAGACGAGGUCGCCAUCAAGGUUGUCCGCAAGUUCGAAAUGAACUCGAAUCAGGGCGAUGCUCACCUUCAUCCGAACUUCAAAAAGCAACCAAAGGGCGUGGAGCGGGCCAAUAUUCUCAAAGAAGUCCAAAUUAUGCGCCAACUGGAUCAUCCCAAUAUUGUGAAGCUCAUUGAUUUUUCCGAGUCGCGGCAGUACUAUUAUAUUGUCCUCGAGCUGUGUCCGGGUGGCGAAUUGUUCCAUCAGAUUGUCCGCUUGACAUACUUCAGCGAAGAUCUAAGCCGUCACGUCAUUACUCAGGUCGCCAAUGCCUUGCUUUAUCUGCACGAAGAGACCGGUGUAGUUCAUCGGGACAUCAAACCGGAAAAUCUUCUGUUUUAUCCGAUACCGUUUGUUCCGACUCGGAACCCCAGACCCAGAGGCCCCGACGAUGAAGACAAGGCGGACGAGGGAGAAUUUAUUCCAGGCGUCGGUGCCGGUGGUAUCGGCCAAAUCAAGAUCGCCGAUUUUGGCCUUUCCAAAGUGAUCUGGGAUUCUCAAACCAUGACGCCCUGCGGUACAGUGGGUUACACCGCUCCUGAAAUUGUCAAGGAUGAACGCUACAGCAAGUCGGUCGAUAUGUGGGCUCUCGGCUGUGUGCUAUACACCCUUCUUUGCGGAUUUCCUCCAUUUUAUGACGAGUCGAUCCAAGUCCUGACGGAAAAGGUUGCUCGGGGUCAAUAUACCUUCCUAUCACCCUGGUGGGAUGACAUUUCGAAAUCGGCACAAGAUCUAGUCUCGCAUCUUUUGACCGUCAAUCCCGACCGGCGAUACACGAUCGAAGAAUUCCUGAAUCAUCCUUGGAUUCGCAACACAACUGAACCCACGUAUGCUGCAGCAGAUGCUCCACCUCUCGCCACACCUCUCCAUGUCCGCCAGAAAGAGAUAGCCCAGGCGGGCAACCUCCCUGCCGACUUCCUCACCACUCCUAACACCCCAGGCGCCAAGCGAGCAGAUUUCCGAUCGCCCGGAGCUGUCAACCUCCGUGAAGUAUUCGACGUGGGCUAUGCCGUCCACCGACAAGAAGAGGAAGCCAAGAGGAGAAAGAAUUUCAAGCAAGGUUACCGAGGGGCAGGUAUGCCUGGUGGAUUAAAUCCUCUGAAUGAAGACGAAGACGAUGAUGAUGAAGAUUACGAGGAAGAAGUGUCAAGCAAAGUACCUAAGAAUCAGCAACCCUCCGAUGUGUCAAGCAUGGAAGCAAAGAUGCGUCAAACCAACCUCGGGACCCAGCCCUCUGCUGCAGCCCAAGCGCGAGCGGCAGCAGCGCCCGCGAGAAGCCAACAUCAUAAUAGUCAGCAGGAGCAGAAAGGAUAUGGCCAACAUAGCGCAGCGGUAGCGGCCGCUGCCAAGCAAAGUGUUGGACGGCGAAAUAAGCAGCCGUUCGAGUUGAGCCUGGACAACUCAACACUACUGGGCAGGAGAAAUAAGAUGGUGGCAGCCAACAAUCCGAACGCGCCUUCUAAAUUGAGAGAGGAGCUGAGUGUGAGAUAA